GGGAGCGCCCCGCCCCCACCGCCGCGCCCGUGCGCAAGAUGGCGGCGGUGCUGGCGGGCGGCUCCCGGCGGGUGGCGCGGGAGGCGGUGCGGCGCUCGGCGCUGCGCCCGCCCGCCCCGGGCUGCUGGAGCUGCGCGCCUGCAGGAAAGCGGUAUCUGCUAACAGAAGAUUAUUUAAAGUUACAAGAAUUUCAGCGGACAAAAGCGGCAAUUAGAAAUGAAGUUCAUGGCAAUAAAGAUCCAUAUUUUAAAAGUAUUAAAGAAAAAUUAAAGAAAAAUGGAAUGAUUCUCAAACGUGAAUUAAAGAUUUUACUGCAUUUAUGUCAGACUUCUUCUGAUGUGGAACUAGCCAGAAAAGUUAUUUACAGGUACUUUUACCAAUCCAGGUACCAUGAACAGAAUGGAAUUACAGCUCUACAUGAUUUUAAAUUUGGGCCCCUAUUUAUGAGGCUGUGUUAUGAGCUGGACCUUGAAACACCUGCAGUAGAACUUAUCAAAGAUCAGAACUUGCGUGGUUUUUUCUCAGAGAGUACGUCAUUCCAUAUUCUGAUGACUAUGUUGUUUAAAAAGGGCCUUUAUGAAAAUGCUUUGGAAGUUCUCAUAGAAAUGAAAAAACAAGGUAUACCUUUCAACAAAGAAACCUAUCUACUUGCUUUUGCGAUAUGCUACAAACUGGACAGCCUGGAGUCUUGCAAAAUCUCUGCAAAGCUGCUUGAAGAAGCACAGCUAAAGGGUGACACAUUACCACUACGAGCAUUCUACUUUGCUGUGGCGUUUGCUCUGAAACAGAAUGAUGUGGCACAAGCCCAAUUCUAUUAUUCUCAGAUAAUGAAAACGGAAAACAGACUAUACAAUAACAUUAGCGUUCUUGUCCAACUCAAGUCUGGUUCACUAGAAGAAGUAAUAAAGACAUUAGAGGCAGCAGUGGCAGUAGAUACUCCACCCUUUGUGAAAAAAAUUGAGUUUUCUGAGCAAGUGCUGGCUGCAGUCAGAGAAAAGAUGGAAGAAAACCCUGUCCUUUCUGCCAAAUUAGGAGAUAUUUAUGCCAGACUACAAGCUUCAGGACGAAUAACCGCUUGCACGCUGGACGACAUGCUUUUCCAGGUUCCUAGUUCAAAGAACUGCGCAAAGCUUUUAAAUCAAAAACAAUUAGGCUAUCAGGCUGCUAAACCACUUCACUCAAAUUUGUUGUUGGAGUAGUUCAAUAUUUGAUGAUAAACUGAACUGUAAUUACCACUACUUAGAAGCAUGUUUGAAUAAAACAUCUUCUCACUUCCUCCACUCUGGGCAAUUGUUUAAGUUGCUUGUGUGAAACUGCAUUUUAAACACGUAUCAUGUGGCUUCUGUGUUUGAAUGUUCAUGCCGCAAAUAAGUCAUGAAGGUGGGUAUUUCUUUUUGUUCCAAAAUGGAGUGAUCAGAAUGUUUUGAAUUUUUCCUCAAGUACUUAAAUCAGGAUUUUCCUAUACUGAAUGUCCUAGGUGAAGUGAACAAAAAUAGUAUGUGUAUCUGACCUGACUUUUGUGGUUCAUGAGAAGAAAAUUCGGUGUUCAUCAGAUGUGAUGUUCUCACUGUGGAUAGAUGCAGUCCAGACCCUAGACGAAAGAAUAUCCAAGUGCAUUAACUGUUUGUUCAAAUUUUGUAUGCCUCAAGAUAUGAAAUGAAUCAGACACUUGCUUUGUUCUAUACUUCUCUUAUCUUUCUCUUAAGAAAUGACUAUAUUUUUUUUUUGUUUUUGUUUUUUUAAUCAAAAGGGAUUGUGGAAAUACUAUGGAAGAUAGUAUGGAAAGCCAGAAAGGUAGCUGACUGGUUAUUUUCUCACUGGGAGGAGAUUCAUGAACAAAAGUCCUCUCAGAGUGAGCGGCCCUACGUGUUGCUGCUUUUAGAUUGUAUUUUUGAUAAUAAGACUCCCAAGACAAGCAGAUUUUGAUACAAAUUUGCACUUAAGUCUGGUCCUAGCAAGUAUGAUUCAAGCUAUGGGUGAAUUAUGCAGGCGAGAUGCAAUUCUAGCCUAAAAUUUGGUCAUGAAAACAGCAUAAAGAAGCUUCAGCUUCAGUGAUUCUAGGUCAAAUGUGGUUGGUUCUAUUAUGAAUGGUUGUUUUGUAACUAUUAGUCCUGCAUAUCCAAAGAUAUUUUCUCUUUCACCCUCCAGAGUAGAAAGAAUUGGAAACAGUGAUACCCUGGCUAGUACCUAGGUGAUUUUGGGGUAUUUGUGUAUAUGCCUGCUGAUUUAAAACUUAGUAAGCAGUCCUAUGAGCACAAGAAUGGCUGGAGCCCACCUAGCUUGGUGCUCUCCAAGUUGUUCCUCCUUAUCUCUUCUAUGAGAUUUAUUUUACUUUUUAACUGUAAAGGUAUCCUAAAUCAAGCAAAUUUCAGAAUUCAAAGAAUUCCUUCUGUGGAUGGAUUGUACAUGCUAUAUGAAAGUUCUUUGAAGCUGGCAGAUCACUGAAGAAGCAAGAACCCACCAUGCAGGGAUAUAUCUUAAGCCAUUAAAGCAAGUUGGAGUAAAAUAAUACUGGUUUCACUGAGGCUGUGGGACUGCAAUUCAUUUCUGUCACUGAUAUAUUUUUUUGAUAACGUUGUUUUGUGCAUUUUAGUAUUUAUGUGGUGGAUGGAAUUGUGUGUGUGCAUAUUUGUAACAAUUUAUCUGUUUGAAAUUUAUAUUGUGUUUUGGAGAAAUGUGUGCAAUUUUUUAUGACUGAUUGUACAGGAUUUGGUUGAAGUAUCAUACGCUAGACUCUCACUAACGUUACAGAUGGGUUUUUUUUGGAAUGCUGGUUCUGGAACAUCAUGUGUAACUUCUAAUUUUCCUAUGUUAUUCAGGAGUUUACAGACUUUUAACAGUUCCCCUUGGCCUCAAUUGGGAAUUCUUUCAAUAGUUCCAACACAACACCCUUAAGUACCUCCUGAUCUUUCAUCCCUUAAUUUGAUACAGGAUUUGUAAAGGCUGCUUUCCGUGUGGCAAGGAUUAAUUUAAGCAAAAUGAAAGGAGUGAGCUAAUCCGAGUUUAUUUGGGUGCUUGCUUCUCUCAGGGGAAAAACUUGUGAUGUAAAACUAUAUUUUCAUAUGCAAUAAAAGAUAAUUUGACCAGUUUAA